AUGGAUCCAAUCGAUAAUUAUGUACUGGUCACUGGUGGUGCUGGCUACAUUGGUAGUCACACAGUCGUUGAAAUGAUAGAAGCUGGCUACACUCCAAUCAUUGUGGACAACUUGUGCAAUUCAUCAAGAGAGAGUAUCAAUCGUCUGGAACAGAUCACUGGAAAGCAGAUUGAGUUCCAUGAGUUGGACAUCCUCGACGAGAGGGGUCUCGAAGAAUUGUUUGCCUCCAAGCACAUCACCCAGGUCGUGCAUUUCGCCGGCCUCAAGGCUGUUGGCGAGUCGACCUCAUUGCCACUCAAGUACUACGAGAACAACGUCAUGGGCACAUUUAUUCUACUCAAGGUCAUGGCCAAGUAUCGCUGCAAGAACAUCGUGUUCUCAUCGUCGGCCACUGUCUAUGGCGAUGCAAAGGAGGUGCCCAUCAGCGAGGAUGCACCCCUCUCUGCCGUCAACCCGUACGGCCGCACCAAGCUGCACAUCGAGGGCAUGCUCCAGGAUAUAAGUGCCGGCGACUCAGAGUGGAACUGUAUAUUGCUGCGAUACUUUAAUCCAGCCGGUGCUCACCCAUCCGGUUUGAUUGGCGAGGACCCCAAGGACAUCCCCAACAACCUGAUGCCAUACAUCACUCAGACCGCCAUUGGCAAGCGCCAGGUGCUCAGUGUCUAUGGAAACGACUACGAGACGCCCGAUGGAACCGGUGUCCGUGACUACAUCCACGUCGUCGAUCUGGCCAAGGGCCACAUCGCCGCGCUCAACCACCUCUCCACCAAGCCGGGAUGUGUUGCCUACAACCUGGGCACUGGUCGUGGUUACUCUGUGCUUGAGAUGAUUGCCGCCGUCGAGAAGGCCUCUGGCAAGAAGAUCAACUACAAGAUUGUCGAGAGAAGAAAGGGAGACGUGGCCACAUCCUUUGCCGACCCAAGCAAAGCGCUCAAGCAGCUGGGCUGGUCCGCCCGUUACAACCAGAACGACAUGUGCGAGCAUGCCUGGAAGUGGCAGAGCCAGAACCCCAAUGGCUACGACCCAUCCCCAAUUGACCACGCAUAA